GUGUGUCUGUGUGUUGGGGGAAAGCCUGUGUGUCUCACAAGUGGUCGACUGGUUCCUCUAGAGGAAUUUUACGCACGCACCAAACUUCCUGCUGCGGGACGGACUGCGCGUCUCGGGCUUUUGCUGAAGUGAAAGUAGAUAAAAUAACAUAUAUUUCCUCACAUGAACGGACCGGACCAGUGAGGUAGAGCGGACCCACAUCCUGACCUCAGCCGAGUUGAGUGUGAGCAGGUCGGGUUAUGGCUGUGCGCUCCAGGACGGGGUACUACCGGCAGGAGGUGAACAGGACAGUGUGGGAGGUUCCGGAGAGGUACCGGGACCUGAAGCAGGUCGGGACAGGAGCUUAUGGAACAGUGAGUUCGGCAUGGGACCGCCGCACAGGGGCUCAGGUGGCCAUCAAAAAACUGCACCGGCCCUUCCAGUCCAAGCUUUUCGCCAAACGGGCGUACAGAGAGCUGCGACUACUCAAACACAUGAAGCAUGAAAAUGUGAUUGGACUGCUGGAUGUUUUCACUGCAGAGAUCUCAUUGGACCGGCUUCGAGAUUUUUACCUGGUGAUGCCGUUCAUGGGCACUGACCUCGGCAAGCUGAUGAAGCUGGAGAGGUUGUCCGAGGACAGAGUGCAGUUCCUCGUCUAUCAGAUGAUGAGAGGACUCAAGUAUAUCCACUCCGCAGGGAUCAUCCACAGGGACCUUAAACCUGGAAAUUUAGCUAUUAACCCGGACUGUGAGUUAAAGAUUCUUGACUUUGGCCUGGCGAGGCAGGCUGACGCUGAGAUGACCGGCUACGUUGUGACACGCUGGUACAGAGCGCCGGAGGUCAUACUGAACUGGAUGCACUACACGCAAACAGUUGAUAUCUGGUCUGCAGGUUGCAUCAUGGCAGAGAUGCUGCUGGGAAAGCCGUUGUUCAAGGGAAGCGAUCGUAUCCUUCACAAACGAUGUCUGAUCUGA